AUGUAUUACAAGGAUGUGCAGGAGCAUCCAACAUGGCUGAUGACAUCAUUGUUUAUGGAACAACGAUUUGAGGAACAUGUCAAGAACCUCUACAAAGUCCUGCCACGAUUGAAAGACAAAGGUCGAAAACUGAACAGAGACAAAUGUCAAUUACGUCUGCACAAACUUACUUACUUUGGUCAUGAGCUGAGUGGAAGAGGAAUGUUUGCCAGCGAAGAAAAGGUUGCUGCGGUGGUGAUUACAAUACCACCCCAGAACAUUGCGGAGCUGGAGACAGACCACAAGCCUUUGGAGUGUAUCUUCAGCAGAACCUCCAAGAUGUCUGCCCGUAUUGAGAGGUGGGUGUUACGAAUGCAGGGAUACAGGUAUCAUGUAGUAUACCAUCCAGGAAAAACCUACAUUGCAGAUUGUCUCUCAAGACUCAACCAGGCAAAUGGAAAGGAUCCAAGUGGUGCGACGGAAGAUUUCAUUCGACUGAUUGCAGCUGAGAACACUCCCUGUGUGAUGAACGGGAAUCUGAGAAAGACCCCGAGCUGGAGACUUGUGAUGAGAGGCUCACGAGUUGUUAUUCCAAAAAGCCUGCGAGAACAAGUACUUAAAUUAGCACAUGAGGAGCAUCAAGGUAUAGUGACAACGAAGAGCCGACUAAGAACAAAGGUAUGGUGGCCCAAAAUAGACUCAGAUGCUGAGAGGCUUUGCAAGUCAUAUCAUGGAUGCCAAGUCGUUGGACAGUUUCAACCUCCUGAGCCUAUGAAGUGUGCAGAGUUUCCAACAGGACCAUGUCAGGGUGUAGCUGCUGAUUUGAUGGGACCACUCCCAUCAGGGGAGAACAUUGUAGCUGUAGUGGACUACUACAGCAGAUUUUUUGAGGUGACCAUCAUGCAUUCUGCAACGACACCAAAUAUUAUAAGUGCUCUAGACGAGAUGUUCUGCAGACUGAUAUGGAUUCCCAUUCAGUAUAAAAACAGACAUUGGACCCCAGUUCAGAUGUCAGGACUCAAACGAUUAUCUAGCUGA